CCAUCUUUUUGCAAAUCUAGAGGAGAGUCUUUAGCCAAAGAUGAAAGAGGUCGCUCUCGAUCACCAUCUUUUCGCAAAUCUAGAGGAGAGUCUUUAGCCAAAGAUGAAAGAGGUCGCUCUCCAUCCCCAUCUUUUUGCAAAUCUAGAGGAGAGUCUUUAGCCAAAGAUGAAAGAGGUCGCUCUCGAUCCCCAUCUUUUUGCAAAUCUAGAGGAGAGUCUUUAGCCAAAAGCCAGCCAAGAGAACGAACCCCAUCGCCUCCCAAAUCAAGAAAAAGUGGGUCAAAGGACAUUGACCAGAAAAGAGGUCGAGCAGAAUCCAAAUCCCAAAGAAGAAGUUCAAAAUCUGAAGACAUUUUACAUAAAGACGAAUCUCCAGAACCAUCACCAUCAGAUGACAUGUCACCUAAACACAGAGUAUCAGAGCAAAGAUCAGAGAGGAAAGAAUCAUCUACUAAAAGCAGAUGCAGGAGCACCAAAGGACAUGGAGGGAGUUGUAGAGACAGCUCAAAAUUGUCAAAACAGAGUCUUAAAGAGCUGGCAGCGGAAUGUGUAGAAUUAUUUAAGCAACAGAGAAAGAAAUCGCACUCACCAAAAGUCUACUGUCAUAAGAAGAUAAGCUCUGGGAAAUGUAAGGAAACAGCUUCACACCACCAUGGCCAUACAUGUAAGAAGAACCGGGCAUACUCUAGUCAUAGAUGUACCAAGUGUCAUUCGCACUGCUUUAUAACCUGUAAACCAGUGAGCACCAGCAAAGCUUCAUGCAAAGAGAGUACAAAAGAUCUGUCUGACGAUGAGAGCUAUAAAAAACAUAUUCCUGUGUCCACCCGCUCUGCAGAUAGAGGAGAGAGUAAGAAAAGGCAUUCCAAGAGUGAAAAGAGGCAGAAAAAAAAGAAAGAAUGCAGCCAUAAAUGCUGCAAACAUAAAUCAACUGUGGAGGCAGAUAAAUGUGCACACAAGCGAGUGUCAUCAACAACCCCGGCAGGGUCUGUGAAUAAAUUCUACAUGCAGCGCAUGAACAGUGUUGAUUAUUCAGGUUCCCGCGAGCCACUGUUGUUUUCCUCAAGGGAAACUGAACUGAAUUUUCAAGAUGAUUACCUGUCCUUUCACUACAAGGGGCCUAUAUUGUGCAAGCCUGAUAAGAAAAAAAGCAGCCACAACGUUCAUUGUUUGCAAGCAGUGGAGAGGUAAUUUUAUACAUUUAAUAUUGAAAUGAAUCAUUUAGGAAAGUUAGAUGCUUUAACUAGGUAUCACACAGGUACAAUUUUUAAGUGGAAAAGCUCAACAAAUUUAUUAACCCCCUCGAGUCCUGUCCCCCCUCUUUCCUUACACUUACACAGUCUUUGUGCUAGGCAGCAUAGAUGCCCUAAUUCACAAGUACGGUAUCUUGAAAUUCUACAGGGUUAAAGUGGAUAAUUUUUUUGUACCUUAGUCUGAUUCACUCCCCACAUCAGGCAUGUAGAUGACUGCUCUAUAAAUAGGCUUGUGAUAGCUUGGAUGCAACAGUUUUCUUAAUUUUAGAAACACUCUUUUUCAAUUAGAAAGCAUAUUAUGGGCAGCUGUAGUCAUUUUCUCUAUUGUUACAUUCAUUGUCACUGGCUUAACCAACUGUUAGGAGUUGCCUUUUCAAGAGUUAAAGUUCUUACAUAUACUACUAUGCUUCUGGUGGACUGCUUCCAUUCCCGGCCAUUUCCUAACAAACUGGCUACUUCCUAUUCAGCGUAUUUGGUGCUGAUAAUAUUUUCUUAGCUUUUGCUUUAUACUUUAUGCUUUGUAUUUUGUGACAUAUAUUUGGGUAUAGGAAAUGGCUUUAAUGUUAUGUUUUUGCAGGAGCAGCAGAGAUGGGGUAGUUAGUUAUGGUGUGUAAGUAAUGGGGUUCUUUAGUUAAUAAAGAGACGUUUGCUAGAUGAAUCAUUGGUUUGUAGAAUAAUUAUUAAAAUGAAUUACAUAUAAUUCUCUAUGUUUGAAAGAAAGUAUGGUACAAUAGUGAGUUCAAUAUAGCGCAAAAUAUAAUAUUUGGUUUAAAAGUGGAUGGGAUAUCAGAAUAUUAAUUAAGUUCAUGGGCGUGAAAUAAAAAGUGUGCAGUGACUUUAUAAUGGAGGGGAAAGGAUGUAGCAAAAAUUUUGAUUCUUUAAUGUGUGUUACUUGGGUACAUGUUUUAUCAAGUAGCUUUAGUAGGUGGAAAGUUCAUGCAUUGAUGUCGCCAAUUUUUGGAGAGCUAUAACUAGUACAGGAAUAAAACAGAUUUUGCUUCCAGAUUAUAGGCCAUUUCAGAAGCAUUGCCUAGAAUGGUCCACAUACCCCUCAGGAGUGCUUUGACUUUGUCUAGUCUAGCCUGUUACUUUCACUUCAAGCAUCCUUUAAACUUCCUGUUAUUGAAACUUUUAAAAAUGGGUCUCUCUGUCAUUUAUUCAGUUACGUUUUCGGGAUUCCUGUUUACUUACUUCAUAUUUCAUCACAAAAGUCUUCAAGAUCUCACCAUACUUGUGAUGUAUAUUUUGUGUAAAAAAAAAACAUAAAACAAACAAAUACUAAGAGGAAGUUCUGGAUUUUGAGUGUUAAUUCUAGAAAUUAAAUUUGUCUUUUAUUCUUAUUUCUUUAUUUACUUAUCAGUCAUUCCUUAUAAAAAUAUCUUUAUUGUGAGACCAUUUCCUUAUUUUGUCAAAGAAUAAUUUUUAUUUAGGUAGCCGAUCAAAAGAUAUUAGAAAAUAUAGUUUCAUUGUGCAGACUAUAAUUUUCCUUUAAGCUCCAAUAUACUUAGAGAGUUCCUCAAAGUUCUUUAAAAAAUAUUUCCCGCACUGUAGACCUCAAAAUAUACUUAAUUUAUUGAAAACUAUAACUUAUAUCAUAAAUUAUCUUUCAUUAUUUUUCACUGGAAAAUAAUUAUUUGAUUAUCGCCUUAGGUGUAUAAAAAAUUUUUUUUCUAAAAUUGAGGCUUUAAUUUUAAAAACUUAAUUAAACUGUCUAUUUUUUUCAGUCCCUAUAAAGUUGUCAAAGAUAUAUGUCAGGAUAGCCAAGAAACUUGCUGCUCUACAAAUUUAGCUGAGCCUAUUGAUUUAGAACAAUGUCAACAAUUCUUGUCUGAUGCAAGGUAGCCUUGUGUGUCUGAGCUUUUUUAAAUUGUAUUAGAAAAAUUAUUUUGUAUUAAUUUUAAAAAUUUAGAAUGUUGAUUUCAAUAUUUAAUUGUUUUUAUAGAAAUAAAAAGAUUUUAAAAAUACAAUGUUUCACAGAUUAAAAAAUUUUCUGUUUUACUCAUAAAUAGAUUGAUUAUAUAAUCAAUCAUUUCAUAUAUAUAUAGAACAUGCAUAGAUAUUACCAAUGUAAAUAUGUAUCUUAAAAAGUUUAGAUUUCUGCCGCAAAACCACCUAUUUGUAGAUUGAAAUACAGAUGAAUCUUAAAAUGAUAACAACUUCUCAAUCUAGUUAAGUCUUAGAUGAAUAUAAACUGAUUAUAGAGGUCCUGCACUAUGCAAUUAACUCUGCCAGUGUAACUGCACCUGUGCUUAGAGGGAAUGAAAGUACUAUAUGUGGCUGUCAACAAUUUUUCAAGAUAUUUCAAUUUUUUUUUUAUUAAAAAAAUUUUCAAACCAGAGUACAUGGAACAUAGAGCUCUUAAAAUUGAAAAAAAAAAAUGUCACAUGCUACACAGAAACACAAGACAAAGAGUAUGCUUACCCAAGGAUUCCUUCUUCUGUACAGGUUUUACCUAAAAAAACGGAAUUACUGGCUGUUCAUUAUUUGCUUGAACAUGUUUUCUUUGUUCAUACUUGUUAACUUUAUUUCCCGGUAAUUUAGAUGUGGACUAUAUGAAUGUGUGUGAGGAUUUAUCAUUUUAAUUUUAAGAGAGAGAGAUUGUUUAAUCAGGUGUAUGCAAAAUAGGUUGGUAAAUACCAACUUGAAUAUAAAAAAUAAAAAAAUUAUUUUAGGAAAUGGUAAUAAUAUAUUUUUUCUCCUUUCUCCAGUGUUCAAUGUAAAAUAACCAAAAUCACCAUGCAAUGCACAAGAGAAUGUAGACAGCCUUGUUGUGUCCACACCUGUGGGGAUUAUGUUGCAUCAGAACUUGUGAGACCAACAGAUAAAAAGUGUUUAGAAAAAGCUUACGAAAAACAAUGCAAGGACAAGAGACGAAAAUCUAGGUCGUAUCAUGUUCAGAUCGAAGAUUCUUCAGGUGAUGAAUGCAAAGCCUCAUCUUCCGAGGGAAGCCACCACCUAUCACCUGAUUUGUCUGAGAUGCCACUGCUGGUUAGCAGUGGGGAAGAUUCCCUAUCCCGUGAUGAAACAGAAAUGACACAUUCCCACAUUCAGACUUGUCCACCACCUGGAACUGAAGACUUUUCAGAUGCUACAUCACCAGACCAGACAGAAGAAGUCUCUCAAAAGCAGUCUUCGACUGAAUGCAGCUCAAUCACUACCGGUACUCAUUCAUUAGGUGACAGUGUUUUAAUCACCUCUAGAAAGUUGUCAGCAGAAGAAGCUUCUAGUGAGCCCUCCAUAUCGCUUACUCAAGAGACAUUUCAAAAAGUAUCAGUUUCACCUCCUUCAUCACCUGAAGAGGUCUCUCGUCAACCUUCUCUUAUUCGCUCCAAAAAUCCAUCACCUGAAGUGUCUGUACAGCUAACUCGUCACUCAUCUCUAAAACGGCCUUCUAGCAUUCCUUCUAUGAUUCCAUCCCCAGAUAAAUCUGUUCCACUCAGUCGGCAGUCAUCUUUAGAACGACGUUCAAUUACUUUUUCAAAGGAACCAUUUAUAAUUAUAGCAUCUGCUGAACCCUCAAUCAUAUCGUCUAAAAAACCAUCCCUGGAACUCUCCAUGAAAUCAUCUAUAACAGCAUCACCUAGGGACUCAAGAAAAUCAUCAAAAGAAGAAUGUCAAGAGCCUUCUGAAACUUCUUCCAGAAAAUCAUUACAGGAACUCUCAAGAAAAUCUUCUAAAACAGUAUCACCUGAACCCUCUAGAAAAUCUUCUAAAACAGUAUCACCCAAUCCCUCUGCAAAAUCUUCUAAAACAGCAUCACCCGAACCCUCCAGAAAAUCUUCUAAAACAGUAUCACCUGAACCCUCUAGAAAAUCUUCUGAAAUAACAUCACCUGUACUUUCUAGAAAAUCUUCUAAAACAGCAUCACCUGAAUCCUCCAGGAAAUCUUCUAAAACAGCAUCACCCGAAUCCUGCAGGAAAUCUUCUAAAACAGCAUCACCCGAACCCUCUAGAAAAUCCUCUAAAACAGCAUCACCCGAACCCUCUAGAAAAUCCUCUAAAACAGCAUCACCCGAACCCUCUAGAAAAUCCUCUAAAACAGCAUCACCCGAACCCUCUAGAAAAUCUUCUGAAAUAGCAUCACCUGUACUUUCUAGAAAAUCUUCUAAAGUAGCAUCACCCAUAGUAUCUAGAAAAUCUUCUAAAAUAGCAUCAGUUAUACUCUCUAGAAAAUCUUCUAAAGAAGCUUCUCCAGAAUCUUCUAGAAAACCAUCUCUGGAACUCUCCAAAAGGUCUUCUCAAGAGACUUCUGUAGAGCAUUUACCACCAACUGGGCAAACCUCCCUUGAACAGCACUCCAGUGGCUCUAAAUUAUCCUCACAAGAAUACCCCCCACAGCUAAGCCGUCAGUCUUCCUUAGAGAAACCUCAAAGCAUCUCAAGAAAACCAUCUCUUGUACCUACAGAACCUUCAUCUGAGCCACACUCUAAAGCCUCUUCUAGAAAGUCAUCGGGGCAUUCUUUACCGCCAUCCCGAAAAUCUUCCUCUGAACAGAGGUUAGGCUCUUCUAAAAUAUCAACUCCUGAACAAUCAAAACACACAAGUCCUCAAAAGUCACAGGAAGAAUUUCAAGAUCAAACUACCCCAUCUUCGUCUGAAGAAAUGUUAUUGCCAGUAGAAUCUUCUUCAUUCCAAAACACUGAGCCAUCUUUAAAUGAUCAGCGCCAAAGUCAUCCUCUGUCUGCAGACAUGAGUGAAGUCUCUCCUGAACCUGAAUCGCACCCGGCCUAUCCAGACCAGUCAUCUGAAACAUCAGAGGAGCCACAGAUUUCUCCUGUUAGAAGACCUACACCCGAACCUAGAAGUCGUGCCCCUUCUUUAAGUGCACAUGUUGAACUGAAGGACAAGCCACCCAUUUCCCCUCAUCGAGCUUCCAACCACGAGAACCAAUCUCGUUCAUCUUCUCUGAAGCCAAUAGUUGAAUUACCAACACCCUUAUCUGGAUCUCGCCCAUCUACCCGAAUUUUCGCUGGAGAUUCUGCAGAAUCUUCACCGGAUAUCUCUCAAAAACUAUCUGAAACCGGGCCAAGUGAACCUAAUGAAGAAAGAAAAAGUGAACCGAAAGAAGAAAGAAAAAGUGAAUCAAAAGAAGAAAGAAAAAGUGAACCGAAAGAAGAAAGAAAACGUGAAUCAAAAGAAGAAAGAAAAAGUGUAUCCAGUGAAGAAAGAAAAAGUUUACCGGUAACCAGUGAAGAAAGAAAAAGUAUGCCCAGUGAAGAAAGAAAUAGUGUACCCAGUGAAGAAAGAAAAAGUGUACCCAGUGAAGAAAGAAAUAGUGUACCCAAAGAAGAAAGAAAAAGUGUGCCUAAAGAAGAAAGAAAAAGUGUACCAAGUGAAGAAAGAAAUAGUGUACUCAAAGAAGAAAGAAAAAGUGUACCAAGUGACGAAAGAAAAAGUGUGCCUAAAGAAGAAAGAAAAAGCGUACCCAGUGAAGAAAGAAAGAGUGUACACAAUGAUGAAAGAAAAAGUGUACCCUAUGAAGAAAGAAAAAGUGUACCCAAUGAAGAAAGAAAAAGUGUAUCUAAAUCACCUCCAAAGAGAACUUCAAAUAUUGCAAUCCAUUCACCUCCUGCAUCAGAAUCUGAAUCUUCACAAGACUUAUCUCAAGAAUCUGAAAGUUUGCCAAUUAUAACUCACGAUGAAAGAAAAAGUGUACGCAGUGAAGAAAGAAAAAGUGUUUCAUCUCUGAAGAGGUCGUCGAAAAGUCCCACACGAUCACCUCCUGCAUCAGUGUCUGAAUCUUCACCAGGGACAUCUCGAAAAAAAUCUGAAAGUUUGCCAAUUGAAACACACGAAGAAAGAAAAAGUGUCCACAAAUCACCUCUUAAAUCUGCAACAAGCUCAGCCCCUCCCUCCAGAUCACCCUCCAUCAGCCCUGAAAUAACAAGAAAUUCUGAAACAUCAAUGAAAUCAGAAUCUCAAAAGCGGAAGCCAUCCUCAGCUUUUAAAAAAUCUACACAAAUCCAGAGGUAACUUAUGAAAAUGUUUUAUUUUAUUUUUACUUACUUCCUUAGUUGAAGAUUUUUAAUUUUACCUUAAGUGUUAGGUCAUCAUGUUAUUUUUAUUUUAUUUUUUAAGUUGACUUUGAAUGCAUCUUGAUCUGAAGUAGCAAAGCUCAUCACUCCAAACAAAAAUACAUCCAUGCUCCAAUCUUAAGUUAGACUAUGAUAACAUAAAGUUAUUGUGAUAGUUAAAGCCAAUUCCUGGUGUUCAUCUGAUGAUUUUACGUAAUUUGUCCCAUAUAGCACAGAAACCAUGCCUGAUGUAUCAGAUGAAAGUGAUGAGAUGGUUGAUGACAUUCAAGAGGAAGAAGAAGCUACUCACCAAAGGAGACCGACUGGGAAACUUGCAAAAUCGCCAAAGCAAACUCAGGAUGAUAAUACAAGUACAGAAUGAUUUCAUAGCUAAAAUGUAAAAUCGUGAUCUUACCCGAGUAGCUAUUCCACGGGAAGAAUCCCUUGGUUGAGAGGAAGAUGCUAGGUUAUCACUAUCACCCAUUGUCUUCAUUUAUGCACUGAUACUUAUCAAAGAAAAAAAAUGUACCACAGACUAUUUGCCUGUUAUUUGUGAACAGUCUGCAUUUUAAGUAUAAUAAUAAUUGGGGAAAGGCAGAGUUUAAAUCAUCUAGUAUUAUAUUUUUAUUGUCUUAAUAUUUGUUAAGUGUAGUCAGAUGACAAUGGCCAUAGCAUCAAAAUUCCAACUCAGAACUUACACAUUACAAGUAGUCUUACAAACUUUUCCAUUGCUCACUUCCAUUUUAUUACAGUGGCUUACAAAAAAAAGUUUUAUCAUAAUAAUAAUAAAAUAUAAACCAUUGUCCUUAUAUCUUAUGUGCAUAAAAAUUCACUUAACAAUUAUAAUUUUAAAAUCCUAUUAACUCUUUGUAGACCAAGUCAAACUAUUCUUACUCCUUUCUCCUCGGCUCUGUUAAAACUAUAUACAAUACCGUAUCAAUUUUUCGUUGAUAGUUACCAAGAGUAAUCUAAUCCAAUGCUUUAAUUUUAUUUGCAGGAAGCCCGUUCAAGUGGUGGAAGGUUCUCCUACUUGCCUUGAUCCUGUUUUUAAGUCUGUAUUACACAUACUGCUACCUUGUCCUACCCAUUUGUACUUAUUGCAAUUUUCCUUUACCCAAUAUAUUUUUCUACAUCCUGAACUCCAUAGUACAUUCCGUCCGUCUCAUCCAUUCUUCACCAGCACCAGUUUAAGCAGGUUGAAUAAGACAUAACAGUAACACUUAGUGACAGUAAUAAUUAGAUAACGUGACGGUCUCAAGGGUUUCUGUAUUUUUCAAUACCGUAAAAAAACACAAAAAAACAUCGCCAUCACAAAAAUAUGAAUGGCAAAGUCACCCGGUAGCAGUCAACAGGUUUUGGGCUUCAUGCAUGCAGAUAUUCUAUACUAUAAUGUGAUCUUUAACUUUUAAGUAGUUUAAGGUUGUGAAAAGUACCAGG